AUGGACCUUCAUCACAUACUGAGAUCGGGCCGUGAAUUAUCCCAGGAUUACAAUUACAAUUACGAUCACGAGCAACAGACACAGACACAGACGCGCGCUGCGAGAUCUCAAUCUGAAUCUGAAUCCUCCCCGCCAUCAGAAUCUCACUCGCCACCAUCAUCGUUGUUCUCCCAGCCGCCAACAAUGCAUCGGUUCCCUACUUCCUCAUCUACCAGCAGACGGCGGUCUUCAUCUUCGUACUUCUCAUUCGGGUCUAGAAAACCGCGCGCGUUCUGGUCCGAACAGGAGCAGAUUCUUAUUAUGCGAUGGUGUCUGGGCCACAAGAAUCAUUUUGCAGAUAAGAAUUACACGAAGAGGGAGUUCUGGAAUGCAUGUACUGGAUGGAUGCAGCGGAGGUUCGGCAGGUUUAUUGUCCGUCCGGACAAGUCGAUUCAGACGUGGGAGACGAGAAGGCGGAAAGAGAUUGAGAUGGAGAGAGGGACUGGGGUGCCGUUACCCAAGACUGAAUGGAGGGGGGUUAUGGAUGAGUGGUUGGAGUUUCUUGGAUGCGUCAAGAUGGAUGCUGGGGAAUGGGGGCAUAAUAAUGCGGAUGCGGUGGACGCUACCGUGAAGAAGAAGAGGAAGAAGAAGAAUACGCCUAGGUUGGUUGUUGAGGAGUCUCGAAAUGAGAUGGUAGACGCCAUGGCAGAGAGGAGAAUUCUUGAAGAACACGGUCUCAUCACGCCGUUGGGGACGGUUGUUUGUGACUCGGGAAAUAUUCGCAGCUCCCAAAGUCCCAGGACCACGAUACCGGCGGAUCCUGUCAGAACAGAUACCACGGAAAUGGAAACUGGGCCUUGCAGCGCGGCGGAAAACAACAGCUACAGUCACGAAAGACCAGAGAUGAGAGGAUCCGAAGAAUCGAACGAUAUCCCGGGAGGAGAAGAUUGGCCGCUUCGGAUAGACCUCGAUGCGGAGGGCGCAAAGUGGUUCGCGCUGAGUUACAUCAUUAGGAACGUGGAGAUGCUGAGAGACGAGGUCGGGGAACUGGCAAAGAUGCAGAGGCAGUUAGCAAUCAUGGUGGAACAGAAGAUAGAAUCGAAGCCUGAUCGGUAA